GGGCAGACAAGCAUAUGUAAGCAUGUCAUCGCGCAGGAGCAGGAUUGACUUUUGGUUCGGAGAUAAUGGUAUCGUCAAGGUUGAAAUUUAUAAUGAUGCAUUAAAUACACAUCGUUCACUGCGUUGCCAGUCAUUUUCGUAAGCGGGUACUAUCGAAUAAUAUCGUUUAUGUAAAACAACUUAAAAAUAAUUCGGCGUAAUUUUAAUAUUGUGGAUAAACACAUAUCUAAAUUACUAUAAUAACAAGUGUGAGACAAUACGUAUUAAAUAGAUAUAUCUGAUUACUUACGAUUAUUCUUUGCUCGAUAGCUAUAGAUGAGAAAGUUCGCAGAGUAAUAAUUACACAAAGAGAAAUUAAAUGACAAAAUGAAGAAUUAUCUAGCUUUGUGUUGGACCAUACCACUUUUAUUAAUCUUCGCAAAAAUAAAUACGGUGAACUCUGGAAAAAUAUUAAUAAUAAUUCCAGCGCCAUCGUUCAGUCACCAGAUCGUUUACCAAAAUUUAAUACGUGAAUUGAGUAAACGCGGCCACGAAAUAGUUUACGUAACACCAAAUCCAAUACAGGAUAAAUCGCUAAAUAAUUAUAAGGAAAUCGACAUGAGCAUCGCAUACAAAACUUUAAGCACCGUUAACGUGACUCAGAUCUCAGUAGAUUACAAAAGUCUCACCAAAUUUGAGAUCGACGAAAUAGGACACUACUUGUUCCAGCAGUGGCUUAUAGACUUUUACAGUCUCCCGGAAGUGAGGAAAAUCAUUGAAAAUAGAAACGAAGAGAAAUUCGAUGUGGUUAUCUGCGAGGGCCUUACGGGUAUUGGUUACUUUGCCAUGGCUCACAUACUGAACGCUCCUCUAAUUGUUAUGACGUCCGUGGAUCUCCACAUGUAUCAUAAUUAUUUACUCGGAUCACCUAUUCUACCCUCGCAUCUCUCGAAUUUGGAAUUCGCCCAUCGGAUCAAACCGGACAUGUCCUUUUGGGACAGAAUUGUAAACUAUGUCCACUCUAUGUUCGCUUUGGGUCACUGGUACUACUAUAAUACGGGAAGGCACGAGAAAGUGGCGAGGAGUUUAAUUGGAUUCGAUAUACCGCCGCUAAUGGAUAUCGCGAAGAACGCCAGCUUAUUUAUAGUCAAUCAAGAUCUACUACUCGGAUACGCGACACCGUUACCACCCAACGUCAUUCAGUUCACUGGCAUGCACCUUUCGAAGGACUUUCCAGCUUUGUCAACAGAAUUGAAUGAAUUUUUGGGGAAUGCCACCAAUGGAUUUAUUUACAUGAGUCUAGGCUCUAAUGUGAAAUCGGUCUUUCUGCAAAAGCACUUAGUGAAAACGAUUUAUAAUGUCUUCUCUAGAUUACCGUACAAGAUUUUAUGGAAGUACGAAGCUGACGACAUACCAAGAAGCAGCAACAUUCUUACUGCCGAAUGGUUUCCUCAACGAAGUAUUCUUGCUCAUCCAAAUAUAAAAUUGUUUAUUCAACAAGGCGGACUGCAAAGUACAGAGGAAGCUAUCCAUCAUGGGGUACCAAUGAUCGGUAUUCCGAUGAUGUUCGACCAAUUCUAUCGAGUGCAGAAAUUAGAGUCGCUGGGUAUUGGCAGAAAACUCGAAGUCGAGGAAAUCAACGAGGACACGUUCCACGAAGUUGUUUACGAUGUACUCAAUAACAAAAGUUACAAAGAGAAAGUUAUGGAGUUAAGAAGAUUAAUGAAGGAUAAGCCGUACGAAAGUAAAGAGAACGUAAUUUGGUGGGUGGAGUACGUGAUGCGAAACAAAGGCGCGCCACAUCUUCGAUUCAGCGGCGCGGACGAGUCAUGGUUUCGACGGUACGAUACGGACAUUAUUGCGUUCCUAUCUAUCAUUUUAUUCCUCGUAACCAUUAUUUGUGCAAUAGCUUUCGUACGAAUUCUACGCUGGCUCUUCAAAUAUGCAUUGCUAAAGUCUGAUUACAAACCAUUGUUAAAUAAACACAAAAAUGAAUGAACUAGGGAAUAAAUACUGAUUUUAAUGUAUUGCAUACAUGUAAUUGAAUUUUUAGUUCUGAAGAUUAAAUCUAACUUAUUCAUCUUAAA